AUGUCCGACCUCAAGUUCAAGCUCAACACCGGUGCCGAGAUUCCCGCCGUGGGCCUGGGAACCUGGCAAUCCAAGCCUGGAGAGGUCCAGGCCGCCGUCUCGUACGCCCUCCAGAACGGGUACAAGCUCGUCGACGGCGCGUACUGCUACGGCAAUGAAGGCGAAGUCGGGCAGGGGCUCAAGGAGGCCUUUGCCGCGGGCGUGAAGCGCGAGGGCGUGUUUGUGGUGACCAAGGUGUGGGCGACGUACAACACGCGUGUGGCCGAGGGCUUGGAGAAGAGCUUGCAGAGCCUGGGGCUGGAAUACGUCGACCUGCUCCUGAUUCACUGGCCUGUUUUGCUCAACCCCAAAGGCAACGACGACAAGUUUCCCACCCUGCCCGACGGCUCGCGCGACAUUAUCCGCGACUGGAACCACGUCGAGGCCUGGAAGCAGAUGGAGCAGGUGUUUGCGAGCGGCAAAGCCAAGGCCAUUGGCGUCUGCAACUACAGCAAAAAGUACCUCGAGGAGCUUCUGCCCCAUGCCAAGGUCGUCCCCGCCGUGAACCAGAUCGAAAACCACCCCAGCCUGCCGCAGCAGGAGAUAGUCGACCUGUGUAACGAAAAGGGCAUUCACGUCAUGGCUUACAGCCCGCUCGGAAGCACUGGUGGGCCGAUGAUGAGCGCCGCGCCGGUUGUCAAGCUUGCUGAGAAGAAGGGUGUCAGUCCUUCCACUAUUCUACUCAGCUACCACGUUGCCCGCGGCAGCACUGUCCUGCCCAAGUCUGUCACGCCUGCUCGGAUCAAGGCCAAUCUGGAGAUUGUCAAGCUGGACGCCGACGACAUGAAGGUUUUGACAGACUACUCCGACGACCUGACCAACAAGGGUGAAUUGAAGCGUUAUGUGUAUCCGCCAUUCGGGAUCAACUUUGGCUUCCCGGAUAAACAGUAA